AUGGGAGGCCAACGCGGAGAGAAAGGGGGGGCUGAGAAGACAGUAUCUGGGGCAGAAAGAACUGACAGCAGAGGUGUUAUGGGUUGGAUUCGGCAGAGCAGCCUCAGAAGGCUUAGAUCGAGAGAAGCCAGCCGAACGCCUCGCGAUGGCCGACCAGACGACAAUGGCGAAGCUGUCUGUACACAUCAAGCAACACCAGACAACACACCAAGUGGCAAUGUCACCGGCAAAGGUGAUCACUCGCUUGCAGCAAUGUUCAGGUCUGUCCCCAGCAGAGCCAAACUCAGGGACGAAACGCACGAGAAGUUUGCACAAGAUGGGUCCUCUGUGCGUCGUGCACACACAGCACAGUCGCUGGGUGCAUUCCAUGCAAACAGCAUGGUGGAUGCAAGCAGCCUGCUGCAUGCAAGCAGUGCCAGCAUGGGGGACCCCAGGGCAGACAGCGCCAGAAGGAGGAGCGCCCCGAGCGACCCGGGCAACUUGAUAGAUGCAAGCGACACCUCCAGCCACAUAGGCGGUGAUUUGCCUCAUUCGACCGAUGCAAAGACGGAGGAGAAACAAACACAAAAAGGCAAAAGGAUCGGCAGCUCCUCUGGACUCAGCCGCAUCGGCAGUUUCCUCUCGCGCAGUGUCAGCAGACACCGCAGCCGCGGCAGCCGCCAGUUGAAGGGGGAAGGAGCGCCGCUGGCUAUUGAAGAUGCGGAGAAAGAGUCAUCCCUACCUCCGGUCCUCUCUGAUGCUGUCAACGCACCGGCUGCUCUCUCCUUGGCCUCUCUCAAUGAACUGCCGGAUUUCUCAGCUGCCGAUUGGCUGGCGAAAUUCGAACGAGAAGAAGGUGGUGCGACCUCGGGUGUCAUGACAGUCUGCGGGGGAGCCCUGGAGGCUGUGGCCGCGCACUUGGCGGAGUUAGAGAAAAAUAUACGGCUUCUGCAGCAGAACGAGAAACAGCAGCAGGAACAGCAACCCCAUCAGCAACAGCAGCAAGAGCAGCAAGAAGAAGAAGACACAGCAGAAGUUGCACAGGGAGUAGCUGCACGACUUGCAGCAGCACGAGAGCAGAUGGACGGGGCUGAUGAACGGGUUUUUAGCCAGAUACGAUACCAGGGCGAACAGAUCAUCCUGGGGGAGCUGCAGCAGAUGAUUGGCGUUGUUAAGAACAUCAUGCAUGGAAUUAAAUACGCCGCCGCUUCGGACAGCGCCACACAGCACGACCUGCGGGGAGAAGAAGAGCAGCUGAAGGCUUGGCAGAGUCCGUGCGGUGCCCUCCGCGAGAAUCGAAACUGUCUCGAAGCCCUGUAUGGACGGGUCCGAUCCACACGCGAUGAAGUGUUGCACAACUACCACGAGGAGUGCAUUCGACUGAACCAGAGUGUGCAGCUGCUGAUGGACAGAAUAGCGGAUACUGUCAGGGAGGUCUUUGCGGAGUUCGAAGAGCCACCCUCUCUCGAGGCGCUCUACGGUGUGCAAGAAAUCGGAAACCAACAGCAAAAGAGUGUGAAGAGCGCGGGCCAGGGGGCUGAGCUACGUUAUAAGAGCAGCAGCAGUUCGAUCGUGAGUCAUCAGCAGGCUUUUGGGCGCCUGCCGUCGUUCAUAGCCCGUCUGCAACUGUAUGCAUUCAACUCCCCGUCUGUUUCAACGAACGGAUACGAUGCAGGGGGAUUUCAGAAGGACAUGCACACUUCAACUUCAGGUGUACAGGCAGCUCGGCUUUUCACUCCCCUGACGCUGCAGCAAUGCCUCCCGCGAAAGAAUUGCGUCAAAACUGUGCCUCCCGGCCUCGCGCUGAUGGCAUCUCAGGCGGAAAUUGAACGCUAUGAGGCGCAGGUGUGGUCAGGGGGAAGCUCCUCUAGCACCUCUGGGGAAGGCGGCUUCGGUAGCUUUCGGGUGUUUGAACAGUGGCUGGUAGAUGCGAUGAAAUGGCAAUGGAGGGAUGCCUUUAUGUAUUCCAAGUUGCAAGAACGUCAGGGGGCACUGCAGCAGAUGAUUAAGGAGAAGCAACGCGACAUUCAGGAGGCUGUAUGCCUCAGACUCAAGCAACUUUGGUGGGGAAGGACAGUCGAAAUGCAGGCGUUUUACGUAGCGCGUGCAGCGGCUGCGUUCACGCGCGACUUGCAGGGGGUGGAGCAGCUGCAUGGCGUUGCUGCGGAGGCGGGAGAGAAGGCGAAGGAAGCAAGGGAAGAGCGAAUGAGAGGAUCUGCAAUUGAAAAACUUCUCCUAAAAAACGGCAGCGAAGCUGAACGCGCAAUGAUGCGAGCAGAAGAUAUAAGGGCUUCGGUCUUGCGGGUAGUUGGCAACCCAGCUUAUAGAAACUUCAAACACUCUCUCGACGAGCUCAAAGCACGGCCAUCUGAUGCUGGGUCCCACAUUUGUUUUCUGCAACAGCAGAUUGAGAGGGCCGCAAGCCUCAAGCGGCGAUUCGAAGACGCCACGGAGGGGAAGGAGGGAUAUGAAACUCUAGAGAAAGAGUGCAGUCAGCUGGAAGCGGCUUUGGCGUUGUUACAAGAAGAAGCAAAGACACUUGAAAAUAAACUCUCCUUCCGACAGUCACAACUCAGCGCGAAACGACAACGGCUCACCCAGUCCCUAGAGCAGCUGUCCGCCGCCUUCGAUGUAAACAACGCGAAACUAACAGAGAUUGAAAUGCGGUGGGAUGCAGCAGAAAAGGUACAAGAGCUUAUCCAGGAGGUCAUUCCAAGCGCAGAAGAGAUCGCCGCUUGCAAGCAAAAGCUGGCGGAGGAGAAGAGACAACUGGAGGCAGAAAGGGAAGAAAUGCAGAGACAAAGACAAAUACAGGAGGAGGCGUUGAUGCGGGAAUACAACGAAAAAUUGAAACAAAUAACAGCUAGCGCAAACGCCUCCUCAGCACCCGUACAAGCAGAAGAAGCCGCAAACUCUGCUUCUUCUUCUUCGUCUCCACACACAGCAGCGCGUCUCCCGAGCACUCCUUCCAAGUCGUUUGUUGGCCGCCUCUUUGGCUCGUCUUCGCGCCCUUCCACUCCCCGGAAGUCUAACGCGGCUGCUCACGAGCCAGCAACUGCAGCAUCAGCAGCAGCAACAACAGAAAUGCAGCAACGCCCGGCAACACCACGACGACGAAGCUCUGUUGACUCUGCGGCGCAACAGCGUGUAUCUAGAGAAGAGGAUCUGCUUCCCUUAAAGCAUGGAUAUUCAGCCCCAGUGCAUUCUGAGGGCUCUCUGCAUGCGCUCAAGGACAGCACCAAACUCGCAGACCCCAUUGCAUCGCAGCAAACAACCAAUGCAGAACAAACUACACACGAUUUGCAGGGGCCCCCAUCGCAUGCGCUUUCUUCCCCUUCUUUGUUGACGUUAGAACGCGAAGAACGGGGGACUUAUUCAGCCUCCUCGUUGGCCGUUGCAACCUCUCCAGCUGAAGAAAAAGCAGAGACACAGACCCCUGCAGAACCUCCACAUAAAGAGGAGGGGGAAGGACGUGAGGGGCAGAAACGGAAAAAGUCAAAGAGCAACGCAGCGGGGGCCGGGGCAGCUUCGCGCCGCAGCAACCGCAAGAAGAAGAGUAUGUACAGCAAGCUGAGGAGUGCCUUUUCUUUAUCUCACAGCAGCAAAAAAGGCAGUAAGGAGGCCAAAUCACCGCAACCAGCAGUGGAAACUAUAAACAAAGCAGAAGAAAUCGAGGAUGCCAAAGGACCUGCUAUCAGCAAGGAAGCAAUAGAACCGUACUGGGUCCCCAUGGGCAGUCAAAGUUCUGUCUUAGCAACAAUUCCUAACAUAUUUGACGUUGAAGGUGAAGACGAAAAAGACAAAUACCCACAAGACGAAAGAGGCACUAUUUCUCCUGACGCCGCCAGCGCUGCGUUUUCACUAAUGGUCGGCACUUCCAGUAUAUCAGACAGCAGCAACCAACCCGCUGCAGAUGAGGGGCAGCAGCAGGAGGCAACAGCACCAGCAGCGUCUGCCUCGGGGCAGCUCAGCGGUGAUACUACUCUUACCUUCACACGGAAGGGAGACCGGGAGGCCUCGCCGACGUUUUCGCUUGCAGAGUCCUUCCGCCGGGCCUCUCCCGAGCGCGGACAAGGACCAAAGGAGAGGGUUCAACAUGACAGUUCAUCUUCUCAGCCCCUUCGUCUUUCAUCAGGGAGAGCAUACAACAAAUUCCCCUCGGACCCAUCAGUGCAGGAGGAGGACUCGCCGCAGUUUGGCAGUGCCGUUUCGGGGGGAGAUGAAGGCAACGAUGAAGAAGAAGAAUAUGAAGAAGUGGAAAUAGAGUCGAAUGCAUCGAGUGGCGCUAGAAACAAAGCAACUGAAUACCGCACACAGCAGGAAGCCGGACCUCUUGUGCCCUUCCCUUCUUUGUCUGCUGGCUCGCCUACUGACUUCCGGUCGGGAGUGGAGCGUCAUAUAAUUGCAGCGCGCUCGCCACUUCAUGCAGAAGCAGAUACAUAUGUACCCUCUCAGCGGCGGCGCAGCGAUACCGCAGGCGGCCCGGGUGUCUACGCAGCGCUUGGGGACCGGUCAUACGGACAUCGGCCGGGUAGAGCGGCGGCUUUUGACAGGUUCGCUGCAGCUGCAGCUGCUGCGGCUGCUGGUGGUUUUAGGCGGCCUUCUGCUGCGGGGCUGGUAGAUGAAGAUGACCGUAUUGAACUGUUUCUCGCGAAUAGUCAGCCAGACCUGACGACUGCUGUCAUGAGCAGCAGCAUCUUUGCUCUGCUGGAGCCGGAGGAGCGGCAGCACUGCAUCCACUUGAUGCUGAACAGCUUCGUGCAGAUCCCCAAAGGCUGUAUGCUUGUGCAGCGGGGAGAGAAGGUUGACACUCUGUACUUCUUGGUUUCGGGCGAGCUCGGAAUGACGGAGCCCCACGCAGGAGCAGAACAGCAGCCAGCAAGAACAACAGAGCUAACACCACCAGCAUACACUGCACGCCGGCGCAGCAGCUAUGACGUCGAAGUUCCUGAAGAUAAAUUUCCAGUUAAAAUCGGACAAGGAGCCUUCGUGCUCCCGCGGGCGUUCGUCAGAGAAGCACAGACCAACCACUCCGUCAUGGCUCUGCGCCCCUGCACGCUGCAGAAACUCAGCUUUCACUCCUUUCAACAGAUCAUCAGCGCUUGCAUAUUCCGAAGAGCGUCGCAGGUUAUGAGUUACCUAGGGCAUUGCCCUAUAUUGGAUUCCUUAACGAAGAGAGAAAGAGUGCAAGUAGCGACGCUGAUGAAGUGGAGAAUUUAUCUGCCAGACGAAGUCAUCUGCUUUCAAGGAGAAGUCUGCGCCGGCGUGUUGAUUGUCGUUUAUGGAUGCGCGAGAGCCGUUCGCUUCGUUGAACGCCAGGGGAACCCGGACGUGGUUGAUGAAUUCGGCCCAGGCGACAACAUAAACGCGUUGGCCCUUCUCCACGACAUUCCCUCGGAUGUUUCUGUUAUCGCUGCGGCCCCCGACGGCUGCGUCGUUGCAGUUCUGGAGCGCCAGGAACUGCAGGAUUCAUUGGGGGAUGCAGAAAAAAUUCUGAGCAGCGAGUUGACUGUGCAUGCAACUCCUGUGUUUUUUUUAGACGAUUUGGAGACGGCGGCGAAAUGGAAGGCGGUAGAACGUCAGGGCUGA